AUGAAUCAGGAUGAUAUCGAUGCGAACAAGCAACGUCUGUGGACAUUUCUUGAGAAUGCCUCCAAUGGUGUCAUCCGACGUGAUGAUCCAGAAACAUGGUCGAAUCAAUGGCCAAGCUUCAGUACCCAUGGUGUUAUUAGCGGACACGGUAUUGGUCAAUCGGAUUUUUUGUGGAAUGUUCGAUCGAAUGAACAGGUCAAACAAGUCUUUGCACGUAUAUGGAAUACUCGACAAUUGCUUGUCUCGUUUGAUGGAUGCGGCGUCUUUCGUGAUUGGCGUUACAAUCCAACAUGGAAAACAAAUGGCGGCUGGAAUCAUGUGGAUCAAAAUCCGAAGAUAAAACCGCAUCGAUGUUGUAUUCAAGGUUUCGUUUCAUUGACUGAUCAAAAUGAAAAAACAGGCGGUCUCAUCGUUUAUCCACGUUCACAUUUGUAUUUUACUGAAUUAUCUGACGUUACCAAAACUUCGGAUGAUUUUGUCAAGAUACCUUCUGAUCAUUCAAUUUUUAAUCAUGAUCAAGUCAUCGGCAAACUCGUUCAUUGUCGAGCAGGUGAUCUUGUUCUUUGGGAUAGUCGUCUGAUCCAUUGCAAUUCUCCGGCUACUACAAUCGAAGAACGACAGAAUGAUCAACCAAUCGAUCUGCUUCGUAUUGUAGCUUAUGUGAAUAUGAGUCCGACAAUAUUCGUACAUGGCCAAACACUCGAUGAAUUUCGAGAAAAACGAAAAGAAAUGGUUCAAAAUAAUUGUACUUUGACACAUUGGAGUACGGAACUCGUUGUAUCCCGUAAGUUUUCGAGAUGA